GAUGCAGGCUAUCAGUAUACAUUCUUCUCUGACUACCCAUAGUGGUCUGAUCCGACGGGUAAACUAACGUAGUUUGUACGCACUACUACUGAAGCAGCGGAUCUGGGGGCCUAGGCUCCUCUUGAACGAAUGGCACAAGCGCCAGGCGCGCAUUAGACUCAGUGAUUUCCACUUACACCUACCUAAACCUGCUAGUAUAUUGUAGUGCUUAUCUGUCGUUUAGUCAGGGCGCAAUGCUUAGUAUUAUUAUGAAGUGGCCGUAGACGCCUGCGCAGCCUCAAGCUUUUCAUCUCUCAACAUCCACCAUCUUUCUUCUAACAAUGCCAGGCAGAGAUCACACCGCCGAGGCCGAGAUCUUCGACUUCAUUUUGGUAGGAGCUGGAUCAGCGGCAUGCUUGAUCGCGUCACGUCUCUCGCAACGGCUGCCCGAUCGCCGAAUCCUCGUUCUGGAAGCCGGGGAACAUGUCCGGGAUGACGCUAUAGUCCAAACGCCCGGUCUGUCGGCGAGGCUGAUGUCAUCUGACUACGAUUGGAAAUACAUCUCGGCACCGGAGCCGGGCCUAAACAACAGGAGGGUGAAGCAUCCGAGAGGGAAGUUGGUGGGUGGAACCAGUGCGAUUAAUAGUCACAGUGUGGUGUUUCCCAAUCACGAGUGGCACGAUCGUGUUGCGAGCGAGCUUCUGUCAGAUGCAGGAAAAGAAGAAUGGAGCGCAAAGGGCAUGGGAGACUGCUACAGCCGAUGGCAGGCAAAACACCCCGAGUCUAAAGUGGACGAUGAUACAGGAUCUCUGGAUGGUAUACAGACAUCAUACCCGCGUACCAUGGACUAUCUCCAAUCUCGCUGGACGAAGGCCUUUGAGGAGCUUGGCCAUCCAACGGGCACUACGGGAUUUGCCGAGAGCUCUGCCGGCGCAGUCACUGUCACCAAUGCGAUCGAUUCAUCAAAAGGCGAGCGAAGCCAUGCAGGCCAAGCAUUCCUAGAGCCCGCCUUGAAACGGGGCAAUGUGACAACGAGAACUGGCAUAAAGGUCAAUAAAAUUGCUUUCGACGAGGCAUUGACCGCCGAAGGCAAACUCAGUGCCACGGGCAUUCACUUCACAUAUGAAGGCAGGGAAUAUAUGAUCGGUGGUCGAGAGAUCAUUCUCUGCGCAGGCGUGUUCGAGUCUCCUGCGUUAUUGGAACGAUCAGGUAUUGGGUCCAAAGAGGUUCUUGCGGCCGCGAAUGUCCCGCUCCUUUACGAGCUUCCAGGUGUCGGCGAAAACUUGCAGGAUCAUCUGAACUGCGGUCUAUCAAUCGAAGCUGGAGAAGACACUCCGACUCGUGACGACGGGUUGCGGGAUCCUAUGGUGCAGAGGGCUGCAUUGGAGGAGUAUGGAAAAAGCCGCACGGGUCGACUGGCGGAAGGAGGAGCAUACAGUUUCGCUUUCACACCGCUGCAGUUACUUGAAACUCCAGAAGAGACGCAGGAGCUCACUCAAAUGGUUAAGCAUUCGGUGGAAGCAGAGAAUAACCCGAACCUGAAAGCUCAGUAUUCCGUCAUCCAAAAGGCCGUCGAAAGCCCUAGCGAAGCGACAGCUACCACAUUCAUGCUUCGUUCACAACGUCACAGGGACCUUGAAUCGAUGCCUCCAAACACGCCAUCUGUGGUAGAUGGCAACUACAUAACCGUUGUUGCCAUGUUGGCGCACCCCUUCUCGCGCGGAAGCUGUCAUAUCUCCCCUGAUCUUUCGUUUCACCCAGAGAUCAAGUUCAACUACCUUACCCAUCCUCUUGACAGGGAAAUCUUCGCUCGCCACCUCCGUCUCAUUGAGAGGCUUUUCCAGAAGCCUACCUUUACCUCCAUGGCAAAACCGAAUGGAAGACGGUUGCCGCGAAGCUUUCCCCACCCGGUAACAUCGCUUGAAGAUGCGAAGGGGAUUCUUCCUAUCAAUUCAGCAACGAACUAUCAUCCUUCCAGUACUUGUUCGAUGAUGAGGGAAGAUCUAGGGGGCGUUGUUGACGAAAGGCUGAAAGUAUACGGAACGAAGAAUGUGAGGGUUUGCGAUGCUAGCGUUUUACCGAUUAUACCACGAGGAAACAUUUUGACCGCUGUCUACGCUUUCGCUGAGAAAGCGGUCGAGAUCAUAUGUGCGGAAGCGAAAUUGGGUUCUUCAGCACCCUAAGGUAUUCGCUCUUGGGUCAAGCAUUUGGCUUGUCUACGACCAUAGCUCGAAAUUUCAAG